UAAAUAAUUGGUUUACGUGAAAGUUAUCGCGUUUACAAAUGGCGGUAUAUAUACUGUUUUUUUUUUACUAGUGAUGGCGGCGAUCAGGGACUUAUAAUGGGACUGUGGGACUGUGGUGGGCAUUCUGACACUGGGGGGGAACUAACUUGGUGUCACUGACAUCCCCAGUGACACUAAUACAGUGAUCAGUGCUAAUAAAAAGCACUGACACUGUACUAAUGGCACUGGGCAGGAAGGGGUUAACAUGUGGGGUGAUCAAAGGGUUAACUGUGUGCUGUUUCAUAGUAUGCUGUGUGUGUGCUUUACACUGUAAGCACACUGCUUUGUAUGGCUCUGCACUACACAGUCAUCCACAGCAGUGUGCCUGAGCUGACA